GCCCAAGUCAGUGCUGCUUCUAUAUUUUUGUGAGCAACUCCUGCUAACAUCACAAUGGCAUUCCAGUUCAGUCAGGCAAAUGACCUGUUGCCACAGCUGCAUCUCAACCGCUCUACUUUGUUCUCCCUUGAUGACAGCUAUAUUUACGAUGUCAACGCCAAUGCCUCGCAUGUCGUAGUUUCGGCUUCCAACAACCAGAUCAAACUGUACAACCCGGCUACACUGUCCAUUGCCCUUACGCUCGACUAUCAUACCGAGAAAAUCUCAAAGAUUUUGACGCACGGCGAGCAAAUGAUUUUUUCUGCCUCUAUGGACGGAUCGAUUGCUCGAUGGGACUUGCGAACCCCCGCCUCCCCGGUUCAAAUAUUCCAAGCACAUAUGCCAUUAUGCUCUUUUGAUAUCAACUCAAACGAAGCUAUGAUUGCUGCGGGUACUGAACUAGUUGUAUCUGAGGCAAAGCUCAAGUUCUUUGAUACCCGCCAAACGAAGCAAAUGGCCGAAUUUGUGGAAUCGCAUAAUGAUGAUAUCACCCACAUUCAAUGUCACCCUACUAUACCGACACAGCUCAUCUCUGCAUCUACCGAUGGUCUCGUCUGCAACUACUCUGUCGAACAAUUCGAUGAAGACGAAGCCAUUUUGUCCGUUAUCAACUCAGGAUCAUCUGUCAACCGAGCUGGCUAUUUUGGACCUAAUUCCGAAUAUGUCUACUGUCUUACGCACAUUGAGACUCUGUCCCUUCACUCCAUUGAGGGUGAUCUCAUUAGCGACUUUCAAGAUAUACGAAAGGCUACUCAGCCUGGAUUGCUGGAGGUGGAUUAUGCAAUUGACUGCCAAUAUGAUGCAGCAACCCAACGACUCUACUUAAUUGCAGGUUCCAACAGUGGCGAUAUCAAUUUGAUGCAUGUCAAUGUAGGCCAACUUCAACUUUGCCAAACCUUAAAGGGCGGUCACACUGAAGUUGUUAGAUCAGUGGCAUGGAAUCCACAAACCAACGUCAUGUAUUCUGGAGGGGAGGAUUCGAAAUUAUGCACCUGGACAUCCACACCUGGCAUCAUAGAGCCGGCCAGCGGAAAUAGUGUGGCCCGUGGUGUACCCAGUCGCAUGCAAGCCAAAAGACAUUCUCCAUAUUAGAGCAGAAACGAUAGAGAAGCAAAAAGAAAGCACCACUUGUACCAUUUAUUAGAGAUUUCCCUCUUGUCAU